GGAAAAUUUGCUCCUCUGUGCACAGCCAGCCUCAGUAAAUCACAGUGUGACAGGCUCACCGCCCCACCACUGAACUUUUAACUUGAAGCUCUAGCAGGGCACUGAGUAGCUCUGGCUACAUGACACGGAACUGUGAAAGUAAAUCACUUCUCUGGGAACAAGGGGAAGUCCAGCAUACUGUUUUGCAGGCUUUGCCUACAGCUUCUUUGCAGUAUAAGCAUAGAAUAUAUACACCCAGGAAGGCAAUCAGAGAGAGAUGGACUUCCAGCACAGAGCUCACCCGUACUCCAUCCCAGAGGAUGAAGAGGUUGCAUACAAGGUUGCUCCUGAUGCUCACAACUCUGCAGGAAAUGAAGGCGAGAAACCAGUGUCAAAAUUGCAGCGUAGGCACAGUGAAAUAAAACUCUACAAAGAGUUCUGUGACUUCUAUGCAAAAUUCAACAUGGCGAAUGCGCUUGCAAAUGCCAUCUGCGAGCGCUGCAGGGGUGGCUUUGCCCCUGCUGAGAAAAUAGUCAACAGCAACGGUGAGCUGUACCAUGAGCAGUGCUUCGUCUGUGCCCAGUGCUUUCAGCAGUUCCCCGAAGGGCUCUUCUACGAGUUUGAAGGGAGGAAGUACUGCGAACAUGAUUUUCAAAUGCUUUUUGCCCCUUGCUGCCAUCAAUGUGGUGAGUUCAUUAUUGGUCGUGUUAUUAAAGCCAUGAACAAUAGCUGGCAUCCAGAGUGCUUCUGCUGCGAUAUCUGCCAAGUAGUAUUGGCUGAUAUUGGAUUUGUCAAGAAUGCUGGCAGACAUCUCUGCCGUCCUUGCCAUAACAGGGAAAAAGCCAGAGGCCUGGGAAAGUACAUUUGCCAGAAGUGUCAUGCUAUUAUUGAUGAACAGCCUCUCAUAUUCAAAAAUGACCCUUAUCACCCUGAUCAUUUCAACUGUGCAAACUGCGGGAAGGAACUUACUGCUGAUGCUCGUGAGCUGAAGGGAGAACUCUACUGCUUACCCUGCCAUGACAAAAUGGGUGUUCCCAUCUGUGGGGCAUGUAGAAGACCAAUUGAAGGCCGUGUGGUGAAUGCUAUGGGAAAACAAUGGCAUGUGGAGCAUUUUGUUUGUGCAAAAUGUGAAAAACCAUUCCUGGGUCAUCGUCAUUAUGAGAGAAAAGGCUUGGCAUAUUGUGAAACUCACUACAAUCAGCUAUUUGGUGAUGUUUGUUUCCAUUGCAACCGUGUGAUUGAAGGAGAUGUUGUGUCUGCUCUGAAUAAGGCAUGGUGUGUGAACUGUUUCGCUUGUUCAACUUGCAACACUAAGUUAACACUCAAGGAUAAAUUUGUUGAAAUUGAUCUAAAACCUGUCUGCAAACACUGUUAUGAGAAAAUGCCAGAUGAAUUUAAGCGACGGCUUGCCAAACGGGAACGUGAAGCAAAGGAUAAAGAGAAGCAGAAAAAGAAAAAGCCAAUCUGUUUGUAAACUUUUUUCCUUCUUACUACCAUCCCUGCUCCUUUCUUCUUUGGAAUAAAUUCGUUGAGUUUGAUAUGAAGCCUGUCUGCAAAAAGUGUUAUGAGAAGUUUCCUCUAGAGCUGAAGAAAAGACUGAAGAAACUAGCUGAAACUUUGGGAAGGAAGUAAAGACUUAAUCUGCUCUCCCCUUCCUUUGUGAAAAUCUUAGAGAUAUUACUUGGUGGGGUGAGGUGGGGGACAGGCUGUGGGCUGCUUUGAUGCUGCAGUCAGACAACAAAUGAUGAUGUAUGCCUUCUAUCAAACCAAAAUAUCAUGAGAUUCUCUAUUCUCUUUACAUGUAUGCUUAUUUGUUGAUAAA